AGGGCAGGCAUUGUCAUUUUUCAAUAUGGCUGUUGCGAACGGGCCAUGUGGAAUGUACAAACUUCAACCGAUCUAUGAUUUUAAAUCGGAAUUUAUUGAAUUACCGACGAAUAUGUAUUCUUUGCAUAACAUCUACGGCAGAUCUCCUGAAUCGAAGCAUGAAUCUAAUGAAUUACUGAAUCUAGCAAAACAACAAGAAAAUUUAUUGGACAAGUUAAGAGUUCUAGAAAUGAAGUUGAUGGAAAUGAAUGAUGAAAUUGAUACAGAUUUUGGAACAGUACUUGAAGUGACCCCAAAAUUAACUGAUUUUCCUAUUGCUAUGAGUAAAUAUCAGGAUAUUGUGAUAAAUGCUAAUCCAAAUCAUCCCCCUCUAAGCGUGUGGAUACUUUGCCGCUUAUUGAAAAAACAGUCAAACAUACUACUAAACAUCCACAUUCAUUCUUCGGUUAUAUCUUUACCUGAUCAUGUGAAAUUAUUAGAAGGAGAUAAUUCGGAUGAUUUAAGAACUAAUCAUCAAAUAGUAAUUACUUUAAUUUGGAAAGAAACUGUUGGAAAAGAUCCAGAAAUGAUGAUAAGCCCAAUAAUGCAAGCAGCUAUUAAAGGUGAAAUAAAUAUUGCAAGAUAUCUUGCUCGCCUCUUAACACCAAGUUACGAUUCCGGAGAUCCAGUUAGCGUCACAGAAAUCGAUAAUUGGUUAGAUAUGGCCCAUUCUUCCAUUUUACACGGCAAUAAUAAAGAAAGACAGUCCAUAUUAAAAACUAUGAACUCGUGUCUAGGAAAACAAGACUUUUUAGUUGGUGAAAGUAUGACGGUAGCAGAUAUUGUUAUGUGGAGUGCAUUAUGCCAAACUAAAUUAACAACUGGUUUAUCAACAAAUAUUAACAAAUGGUGGAAUUAUCUCAAUUCUUGCGAACCAUUUGUUAUGCCAAACGAAUUCUUAUAUUAGUGUUGCAUUGGAAAGUAGUUGGUUUGUUUCUGUUAAUAUUCAUAAAUAAAAAUACAAUGCAUAAACACAUUUUAUAUUUUAAGAAUUUCUAACUCUUAAAAAUGAUUUAUCAUCUGAAAUUUGUUUGUUUU